UUGAUACUGAGUAAAGGCAGCGGAGGGUAUCCGCCUAAGACUGGGUGGUACAGCCGCAGUGAGUACAGUGGAUUCCCAAGUCUCAAUUUUGAGGAGCUCCCCACCCCCAUCUCUUGAAGUUACCGGCUGUGGGAAGAGGUUGCCUGAUUUCUGGGGCUCCCGGCGAGGUCUGUUCUGUACUCUAGAGGGCUGGGGUGUCCUCCUGUGAGCACUUUCAGUUCUUUGUGAGCGCCAGAAACCGAGGGACUCUUGCUGUCUACCUGCCGCCCAUGCUGACCGGCCCUUUCCCAUAUUACUCUAUUGAGCCUAUCCGAGAAGGCCCACUUCUUGUUCAGUGGAUGAUGGCAUUUGAGCAGAUACCAAAGAAGGAUUGGUACAGCAUUCUGGGGGCAGACCCAUCUGCAAGUAUGUCAGACCUAAAACACAAGUAUCAAAAACUCAUACUACUGUAUCAUCCAGAUAAACAAAGUGCAGAUGUGCCAGCAGGAACAGUGGAGGAAUGUAUACAGAAGUUCAUCGAAAUUGAUCAGGCAUGGAAAAUUCUAGGGAAUGAAGAGACAAAAAAAGAGUAUGACCUGCAGCGGCAGGAAGGUGAUCUAAGAAAUACGGGACCAGUAGAUGCUCAAGUAUAUCUUGAAGAAAUGUGUUGGAAUGAAGGUGAUCACACUUUUUCUCUGAGUUGCCGAUGUGGUGGAAAAUACAGUGUUUCCAAGGAUGAAGCAGAAGAAGUUACCCUGAUUUCUUGUGAUACAUGUUCACUAAUAAUAGAACUCCUUCAUUAUGGCUGAAAUUGUUCACUAAAUGGGAUCCUUUAACUCUGUAUUCAUACAUGUUGAAGAGCGCCCAUUCAAGUAAAUGUAUAAAGCUGAUAAAAAGAAGCAGGAUUCUUUUUUUGUCAGCUCUUUUAUUUGCAGAGAAGAUAGAAGACUCAAGCAAGGGCCACCCUAGGUUAAUAGAAAAUGAACUCAGUUAUUUAUAUGUAUUUAUAAUUUAUAUUUGUAGAUCACAAAAAAAAAAGACUUGAAUUAUAAAUUAUAUUUUGUGAAUUCCCAUCU